CGCGUGGCUAUAUAAACAUGGCUGGCCGCGGCGCGCCGCUGGCGCUGCGGAGCGCGUGUGGGUCGCCGCCGGACGCCGCGGGUCUGUAGGGUUUUGAAAUUUCUGGCGGGGAAGCGCAAGAGUUCGAGCUCCCCGAGGGUGGGAACUGAAGUGACGGCCCGAGGGAGCUGCCGGUCCGGGCGCUUCUGCGGCGGGACCGACCGGGGCUCAGGCGCGCACGUGUGGGCGCCGCCGAGGGAGUGCCGGGCGGUGUCGCCGGCCGCCGGGCCCCGGAGCGCGCGUGUGUGCCCCGGGAUGCUGCGGCGCCCGGACUGCACCCGAGUCGGCCGCCGCCGCCGCCUGCCCCGGCUCGCCUCGCCUCAGCUCCGGGAAGGGCAGCGCCGCUGCCGCUGAGUCCCCGAGGGGAUGCCGGCGGGCCUGACGGAGCCGGCGGGCGCCGCUGCUCCGGGGGUCGCCAGCGCCUCUGGGGCCGUGACCAUGGCCCCCGCCGCCGCGCUGCCGGUGCGGGUGGAGAGCACCCCGGUGGCCCUGGGCCCUGUGACUAAGGCUCCUGUCAGUGUCUGCGUGGAGUCCGUGGCGCCCCAGCCCCUGCCAUCCCCAGUGGGGACUGUAGUCACCAAAGUGGUUCCUGUCACCGCUCUUCCUAAACUCGGCGGCCCGAGGCUGCCCGCUCCUCAGAUAGUCACCGUGAAAACUCCCGGCACCACGACGAUCCAGCUGCCUGCUAAUUUGCAGCUGCCUCCAGGAACGGUUUUGAUCAGAAGUAACAGUGGUCAGUUGAUGCUGGUAUCUCCUCAGCAAGCUGUAACAGGAGCCAAGACCACAAGUAAUGUUGUAACUCCAAGGCCAGCAGUACCAGUCAACACUCCAACGGUCAAGAUCUGUACAGUGCCGAAUUCCAGCUCACAAUUAGUGAAGAAAGUGGCAGUGGCUCCUGUUACUAAUUUGACCCAGACAGGAACUACUGUGGCCACCACUGCCCCUGGUGCUUCCUCAGGACAAUCUGUGGCUGUACCUCCUGUCAAGCCAGUGAAUACUGUAACUAUCCUGAAGCCAACAAGUUUGGGAGCAGUAUCUACCCCCUCAAAUGACUCCAGUCUCAAAGCAGAGACCUCAGUAGCUGCUCAGACUAGUCUUUCUCCGACAGUGCUAGAAAAUGUGAAAAAAUGUAAAAACUUCCUUUCAAUGUUAAUAAAACUAGCAUGUAGUGGAUCACAGUCUCCAGACAUGGGACAGAAUGUGAAGAAGCUGGUGGAGCAACUUUUGGAUGCAGAAAUUGAAGCAGAAGAAUUUACUAGGAAACUAUAUAUUGAACUCAAGUCUGCACCUCAGCCACACCUUGUACCUUUUCUUAAGAAGAGUGUGGUUGCCUUAAGACAGCUUCUCCCCAACUCCCAGAGUUUCAUUGAGAACUGUGUUCAGGAGGUCUCUGGGGAGGUGGUCGUUGCCUCCUGUUCCACAACAGCAACAGCUUCUCCUGUGCUGACAAGUACAGUUGCCCCAGUCCUUGUCUCCGGAGCAGCCGCCCCCAGAACGCUGUCUGUCCAGACUCCGAAUCCACUUUCUGGUCCAGGAGGAGCAAACGCUGGAGCUGGGACACUGCCUUCCGUGGUCCCCGCUGCUGUGGCGGGAGGAACACCUGCCACUGUUGUGCUGCAGACUUCCAAACCGCUGACAACAUCGGUUCCAAAUGCAGUGACAGCAGUCUCUCUUCAGCCCGAGAAGCCAGUCGUGUCCGGGGCAGCAGUUACCCUGGCCCUUCCUCCAGUGACUUUUGGAGAAACUUCAGCUGCACAUGCUCCUCUUUGUCUUCCGUCUGUGAAGCCUGCCGUUACCUCUGCUGGGACCCAACCCGAUACACCCGCCAUUGGCACUCCAGUCCAGAUCAGACUUGCGCAGCCAGGCCCCCUUCUUCCACAGGCAGCCGGCAUUCCACAGGCCGUCAAAGUCAAGCAACUAGUAGUCCAACAGCCUUCAGGAGGCAAUGCAAAUCAAGUGACCACCAUUUCCUAUUCCUCACCAUUGACCACUCAGAAGUGUGGUCCGAAGAUGCCAGUGACUGCUAUAGUGCCUACUGCUUCCAUCAUAAAGCAAAUUACUCUGCCUGGAAAUAAACUCAUCUCACUUCAAGCUCAAACAUCUAUUCAGAACAAUAAAAUAAAAGAGAAUGGAGCAGCAUGCUUCAGAGAUGAGGAUGUACAGCAAAGUCAUCCUGAGUCACAUUACAGGGGAAAGCUACACGGUUGGAAUUUCAGUGACUUCAACCACUGCAUGAUCAAAUGUUGGAUACUAAUAUUUAAAUCUGAAGGUGAAGAUGAUAUCAAUGAUGUGACUUGCAUGGCAGAGGUCAACCUUGAUGAAGAAAAUGCCUGCAUCUUAGCAACACAUUCUGAAUUUGUUGGCACACUUAUUCAGUCAUGUAAAGAAGAACCAUUUCUUUUCAUUGGAGCUCUACAAAAGAGAAUUUUAGACAUUGGUAAGAAGCAUGACAUUACGGAACUUAACUCUGAUGCUGUGAACUUGAUCUCCCAUGCAACACAGGAGAGAUUACGAGGCCUUCUAGAGAAACUGACUACGAUUGCUCAGCAUCGAAUGACUGUUUACAAGGGAAGUGAAAAUUACAUUUUGUCUACUGAUACCAGAUCACAGCUGAAAUUUCUUGAAAAGCUGGAUCAAUUGGAGAAACAGAGGAAGGAUCUAGAAGAAAGAGAGAUGUUACUAAGAGCAGCCAAGAGCCGUUCCAAUAAAGAAGAUCCAGAGCAGCUGAGAUUAAAGCAGAAAGCCAAAGAGUUGCAGCAACUGGAGCUUGCCCAGAUCCAGUACAGAGAUGCUAAUCUCACGGCUCUUGCAGCUAUUGGACCACGGAAGAAGAGACCGCUAGAGUCAGGAAACGAGGGCCUCAAAGAUAACCCUUCUGCUUCUGGGACGUCCAGCCUAACGGCCACCAAACCAUUGCUUCGUCCAAGAAUCACAAGAAUCUGCCUCAGGGACUUGAUAUUCUGUAUGGAACAGGAAAGAGAGCUGAAGUAUUCUCGAGCCCUAUACCUUGCCCUUCUGAAGUGAUCACUCCAUUCCUCCGUCCAGACGCUCACUGUUUACUGCCAAAGAAGAUAUAGAGAGCAUUGUUGCACUAUCCUGAAAUCUACUCUGGAAAAUAGUCACCAGUAUGGAAGACCACUGUUUACACUGACAAGCUUUUUCUUUUUAAACUACAUCUUGUCUGUAUGUCCUGUGGGUUCUUGCAGAUGAGAAUUCAGAUACUUUCUGAAAGUCAGUACUAAGUAUACUUUAUACAGAAGUAUCACCUACCCACUUGCAUUUAAUUACAGCAGCGAGGGGCUCCCUCUUACAACCUGUGUUUCUGUUUGUUUUGUUUUUCACACCGUAGCAAUAAGGUGCCCCCUCCGCUACAGGCUGCAUCUAAAUGUAGGAGAAAGGAAGAAUCAGAGUGUAUCCUAUACUGAACCUGUCUCCUAGUGUUAGAUCUUAUGUCUGCAAUUAGAAUACUUAGCUAACUGUGACAGUUACUUUCUGGAAUUGAAGUGUGACAAGCCACAGAGUAGGGUCAGUAUCAACUUGGGCUAGUUGAGCUAGAAUUACAAACACAGCCAAUGGGACCGUUUAUGCCUGAGGCUGCUGACUGUCUGGCUCCCCACACUGCACUGUUCAUGAUAGCUAGUGAGGGGCAUCCUUGUCAGCUAAGUUUUAAAACUGAAGUUGCUACUGAUAUACCUCACUAAAAAUGGAAGAGCUAGAAAGUACUAGAAAGGAGUAUGAGGCCUUGCAUUCAAAUCGACAAAAGAAAAAUGAAAAUGCAUUACGAAGCAGAUGUGUGCAUCGUGUGCCCAAGGAGGGUGGCUGCACUUGGAAUGCCAGAGCUGGUCUUUGUUUUGCUGAUGGCAUAAAUAAACAAACAAACAAACAAACAUAGCUUGUAGGUCAACCAAAGAAGAAAACCUGGCAAACAUUUACAGUAUUUCAAAAGAGGACAGUUUUUAUAUUAUUUUAAUUCCCAAGUGGAAUUCUUUCUUUCUUUUGUAAAGAAUCUCUCAGUUACCCUAUGUUUAAGCAUCUAGUGCUUUUCAAAACUUGUAACUGAUGGCCAGAACAUUCUUGGACACCCUUCGAUUUGUCUACUUACGAGGUGCUCUCAGUGUCUUACCCGUGGGAGUGUGGCUCUAAAUGUGAACAGCACAUUGUGUACCACUCUCUGAGGAAGCUGCUGUUCAAAGCACCCCCCCACGCCAGUUUUUAAAUCUACCUGGGCAGGUAAUAGCUGACAAAAAAUAAUAGUGGGAUUGAAAUCACAUGCUGCAAGAAUGCCACACCCUCCCAGGAGAUAAUUAAAGGAAAAUGCUAGAGGAAGGGUUCAGGGGAAACACCUCUAGUAUAUCACUCUCCAUCCUGUUCUUCCCACAGAGUCUGUUAUGGCCAUAUUCUAUACUGUUGUAAGAGUUUAAUUGGCCACAAUUUUUGUUUUAGCAAGUUAUGUAAAAUGCCGUAAAUUAUGUAUAUGUUAAAAAGUAACUUAAGAAAUCUAUACCCAAAGUUGUUUUGUAUAUUUAAAUGCUUAGCUUUAUUUUUCUGUAAAGUGCACUGUGCUCCCACAUUUAUGUAAACUUAUUGAUCAGAUGUUUAAAAUUAUUUCAGAUCACCAUUAAAGUAAUUAUUUUAUGAUUAAAAACAACAACAAAACACACAAACUUUGCUCAGUCACUGACUUUGCAGCAGUUUUCAUUAGUAGCCAGUCCCUGAAGGACUCAGAUCUGCCUGGCAGUGAGUCUAUUAUUUACUUUGGACUAUGAACAUUUGGUUCUGGAAUCUCACUUAGAUCUAGGUUGCUUUAUCACUUCCUUUGCAAUAGUUGUAAAUUUGCCUGUUGUAUGACUCACAAAGAAAGCUAAACAUCGUUACUAUAGAAGUUUUUCUUGAUCCAUUGAGUUUUUCUUACCAAGAAUGUUUUUCAAAAUUUUUAAUAUAAAACCUUUGUGAUAUACACAUGUGUGGUGUAUGUAUGGGUGUCUUCCUCUCUCACCUCUGUAUCUUAUGUUUGAGAACAAGGUCUCACUGAGUCUGGAGCUCACUGAUUGGCCAACAGCCCCCUGGAUCUUCCUGUCUCCACCUGUGAGCUCUGGGAUUUCUGGAGCGUACCAGCAUGGCUUUUCACAUGGGGGUUGGGAUCCACACUUGGGACCUUACCCUCACACAGCAGGCACUCUAGCCACUGAGCCAGUUCCUGCGUCCUUAAUGUACGUUUGAAACUUGUGGAGUGUAUAUUACACAGAGAAAAACAAAUGUGUGUAUACAAAAUAUUCUUCCACACAGUUGACAAAAUGGAGGCUUUGAGGUGGAUUUGAUUUCCAGAUGCGUUGUCUUUAAUUUGCAAUGUGAGUGCUAUGGAUCCAACUCAAGCACUCUUACCCGCUGAAUCACCUUCCUAGCCAAAAUAGUCUCCCUUUUUCAAAAGCAACAUUGAAAAGUAUCAUAUAUAUAUAUAUAUAUAUAUACACACACAUACAUACAUAUAUAUAUAUACAUAUAUAUAUAGUGUGUGUGUGUGUCUGUGUGUGUCUGUGUAUGUCUGUGUGUGUGUUUACAGGUAUGCACGUGUGGAGGUCAGAGGACAACUUGCACAAGUUGGUCUUUAUUAUGUGGACUGGAGAUCACUUCAGGUCAUCAGGCUUGCCAGCAACUGUCCAUAACCUGCUGAUCCAUUUCACUGGCCCAACAAGCACUUCUCAAACCUAGAAAACCCUUCAAAUUUAUACAUGGCAUGUUUUGUCUCAUUAGAAUUUUGUCAAGAGAAAUUUAUUUAGAAUUAAGACUUUAGUAUAAAGACGGUUCGAGCAGAAAACACAGCCAUGUUUUUAGGAAAGUACAGGACUUAGGUACAGGCUGACUUGGACUUUAUUACUUUGUCUGUUGUAGAAUGAAUCAGUUGAGUGUGUCUGCCUACAAAUUUGCCUUCAAAAGUUCCAGUUAUAUUCUGCAGGGGGAACAAUUAUAUGUGUCACAUGUCUGAAUAUAACCUACUAGAGAGCUUUUACAUUGUACUAUUCUUCUUGUGAUACUCUGUCUCACUUGUCAAUGUCUGAGACAGGCUUCUGGGAAAGCCUGUGAAGGAUUAUCUUGAUUAAGUUUAUUGCCUAAUUUGCAACACACACAGCUUGUCUCCUAGGUUCAAGCUGGCUCCACUCUACAGCAGGUUCUUGGUGGUCAUCCCAUGGUACUGACAUCUUCAAAAUGCUGGGAUCUCUGCAACUUGCCUGUAACUUUGCCAGUUAGCCUCUCGUGGCUCUCCUCGAGGACUCUAAUGCUGCCACAUAGUGCCAGGCCUCAACUUCUCUCCAUGAGACCUUCUAUCCUGGGUCUCUGCAGCAACUAAGUCUGUGCCAUCGCCAGUGGCCUCUCCUCAGGGACUGUAGCCCCACCACACAGUACCAAGACUCAGCUGCUCUCCAUCAACACUUCACACCUUUAAAACCAGUAUUACUGAGUGACUCUUACACUACCUACAUCAGCUAACAGCAUAUGAUACAUCCCUGGAUGCCUCUGGAACACAGCUUCUGUGUGCCGACCCAGAGGAAACACUUCCAGAAGAUGUCACCUCAGUGAUGCCAGUCUCCUCUUAAUCACUGCUGAUUUCUCAGCUCCAGUUGACCAGUAUCAAUUGUCACAGCAAAACAAAGGUUUCCCGUUAGUGGCUCUGGUCUCUUAUAAAUCACAGCCAAUUCUGUUGGCUAGUUCUAUGUGAACUGGACACAAGCUACAGUUCUUUUUAGAAAAGGGAACCCCAACUCAGAAAGUGCCUCUACCAGGAUUGCCUGUGGUGCACUUUCUUGAAUGAUGAUUGAUGUGGGACAGUUCGGCUCUGCGUGGGGCCACCUCUGGACUGGCCCUGAGUGCUAUAAGAAAGCAUGCUGAGCAAGUCAGUAAACAGCACUCCUCUGGCCUCUGCUUCAGCUCCUGCCUCCAGUUGCUGGCCUGUUCCUGCCUUGACUUCCCUCAGUAAUGGACUAUGUGAUAUGGAACUGUAAACUGGAAUAAACCCUUUCCUCCUCCAACUUA